GAAGGCGCUCAGCAUUACUACUCCUGAGUUUCACCAGGUAGAUGCACAUGACAUCAAGAUUGCCUUCAGUCAGAAAUCUUGAAGUACGGCUUUGCUGGGUGGGUCUCUGAAGAAUUUGAAAGAGUUCUGCAGAUAGGGCGUGUUUACCUUCGUCAAAAUAGCGAGUGCAAUGCCUCUUCCCUGCUGAUGUGCUUAGGCUCUCAUUGACUGCAACAUCAUAAAGCAUGGCAAACAUACUUAAGACACUUAACAGCUGGUUCUGGUGGGAGAAUAUCUGGAUGCCUAUUAAUUGUACGUGGGCACACUUUGUAGACCGUGAUGAUCUUGUCUUUCCGAAACCGCAGCAGUUAUAUGCCACAAUACCAUAUGCUUUCGUAUUGCUGAUUAUCCGAUUCUCUAGUGAAAGAUAUCUUGCCAUACCUCUGGCAAAAGCCUUGGGCAUAAAGAAUGUAAGACGUGUGAAGCCACAACCUAAUCCUGUUUUAGAGAGUUAUUUCCAGGAGUGCUCGAAACAUCCAUCCCAAUCAGAGAUUCAAGGCCUUGCCAAAAAGUGCAACUGUACGGUCCAUUUGGUGGAAAAGUGGUUUAGGAGACGGCGAAACCUUGAGAUCCCAACAGUGCUUCAGAAAUUCCAGGAAGCUUUCUGGCGAUUUUCAUUCUAUCUUGCAACCUCCAUUGCUGGCCUUAUAUUUCUGCAUGAUAAACCCUGGUUUUACGACAUAUGGCAGACGUGGGUUGGCUACCCAUUUCAGACUCUGUUGCCAUCCCAAUAUUGGUAUUACAUGAUGGAGAUUAGUUUUUACUGGUCUCUUUUAUUUACACUUGGGAUUGACAUCAAAAGGAAGGAUUUUAAGGCUCAUGUCGUUCAUCACUUUGCAGCCAUUGGGUUGAUGAGUUUCUCUUGGUGUGGCAACUAUGUGCGUCUUGGAACACUGGUGAUUUUUGUGCACGAUACUGCAGAUUUCUGGCUUGAGGCAGCCAAAAUGUUUAAUUACGCUCACUGGGAGAAAACCUGCAAUGCGCUCUUUAUCAUCUUUUCUAUCGCAUUCUUCAUCACAAGGAUCAUCCUGUUCCCCUUCUGGAUUCUUCGUGCCACAGUGUAUCUGCCUACGUACUACUCCACAACUCCUGUCAUAGCUUACUUUUUAUCCAAUGGACUGCUUUUGACCCUUCAAGGCUUGCAUUUGUAUUGGGGCUACUUAAUUUUCAAGAUUUUGAAAAGGUUCAUUUUCUUAAAGGACUUGAAGGAUGACCGGAGCGAUGAAGAGGAGGAAGAUUCACUUACAGAUAAUGAAGAGGAGUCCACAAAGCAUGGCAACAAGAAUGGCUGUGGGUCAAGCAAACAUCUCAUUAACAGCAUUUACCGCUAGCCCUUUCCUGUACCACCUCCUGCAGUGAUUUCUGCUCUGUUUCUAACCCAACCUACGGGACAGAUUUUAAGUCAAAAGGCUUAUGAGAGACUGUGAUUGAUUUCUUGUUGGCUACUGGGCCUGGAAAAAAAGCCCAGUUUAGAGGGGAGGGAAAAAUUGCAUAACGUAACAAAAUGUGUUAAUGACCCAUUUUCUGAAUCGUUGCUAAGUGUUUGGACACACUGACUGUUCCACUCUGACAGUGCUCAGCAAGGUCAGAGCUCAAGAGCCUUGGAUCAUUUAGUGUCCCAUUGGUUCUAAUGUUGUUUUUCAGUCUGAUAUAAGAUAUAUUUCACCAAGCAGUUUUAAUCACAGAUGUUUUGUGAUAGUUAGGCAGUGUGAAAUCCAUUAGGAACUGAAAUUACUCACUGUGGGAAAAUUCUGACAGUGGUGCGUGCAGUGACUAGCGUUUCAGUUUUUACUUGUCAGUUUAAACCCUCAUCAAAUGGCUAUGUUUUUUGUGAGUUAGGUUUCAUUUCCUGGAGGCCAGUGGAAGCUAACAUAGAGGAAGCCAAAUUAUUUACUUGUGAAGAGCUGACUUCACUGCAGAAAUAUAGUGUUUCUCCAAAAUAUGCUGUAUGAUUGAUAGCUCAAAUAUUGUUUUCUAAGAUUUACCUUUCAAGAAAGUCACUGCUAAAACGGCAAAACUCGUCCCCGGUUCUCCAUGGAGUUCCAGGCUUUGCUGUAAUCUCAGUCACUUUGGCCCAGUGUUAGAACAGAAGGUGCAGUGAGGAGGGGGUGAAUGGAAACUGGUCUUUUCACAGGUUCUUUUUCACUUCUUUAUGUUCAGAACUGAACCAUCCCCUGCUCCUGACACAUUUACAACCUGAAAGACUAAGAGUCUCAUCCAUUCCUUUCUUGUGAGCUUGUCUCUCACAGCCGUGUUGGAUGACUCCUCUCAGGAGUGAGUCUGCUAAAUUCUGUUUUGUGGUUCCUGUGCAUUCGCUGCAUCUGUCUGGGCAGUGGGGGAGCGUGGGGCGAGCAAGGAGUGUCACAGUGGCACUGCUGUCUAUCCAUUUGUUAUCAGGAUCUGUAUUUCCAGCUCUCUCUCUUUUUGAAGAUGGGGAAUCGCGUCAGCUCAAAGUAGGCUUGGAUGUGCGUACGUUGCUUAGCUCACAUACUGUUGUUGGUGCUGGAAGAAGUGGAGGAACAGUGGAUGCUUUAUCAGCUCCUCCAACCAAAAGUGCCUCUAUCCUGAGCUUGCGCUUUUUGUUCUAAUGCUAGUGUGGAGUGCAGUGCCAUUUUUAGUUCUGAGGCUUUCCAAGGAGAGCCUGGGCCUUUUAAACAGGGUGGUACCAGUCUUAUUUCCAGAUGCAUUUAGCUCAGAAGGUCAUAAAUAAUUUGUGUCAUGUGUUUUAAAGCUGUGAUGCUCUCCAUGUGGUUCCACGGUAGCUGAGAUCAUUUGGUGAAGUAAAUCCAGUAGCUUGAUAGAGACCGAGGGGACCACUGCUAAAACAGCCUCAGUGCAGAACUUUUGGUUUGGAAAGGCUUUUUUCCCCUUAAUGCUGCUCAGGCAGGAACUUGGUGACCUACAGGAAGCACUCUGUGCCUGACUUGUUUUCUCAAGAUUUCAGUGGCAAAGUGGGUUAUAGUUCAGUGACCGAAGCAUUUGAAAGAAUGGGAAAUGUUUGGGAUCUCAGAUAUGAAGAAAGAAGUGUUUUCUGCAUGGUUGCAAGAAACUGUAGGAGUACUUUGUUAUAGAGGCUGAUAGCGUGACAAUACCUACGUAUGGUCUGUUGAACUAGACUGUGUUAGAAGUUCUACUUCUAUAUUGGACUGUGUAAUGCCUCAAAUGUUUGUGUUUUACUGCUUUCUCAGUAUAAUUGUCCUUUUGGUAGAAAACUCAGAAGCCUGUGGCUUCUGUGAAAGAUGGGAAACAUUAUAGUGGCAGGACAGGACUCCUGAACCAGAGCCUGUAGUUAAGUAGUGCUCAGGCUGAUCAGGCAGAAUUCCCUCAGUAGUUGUUGUAAAGCAGUGUGCUUCCUUACAUUGCUGUGGAGAAUACCUUAAAUACUGCAGUGGGGGGUUAUUGGAAGUGUAAGUACUUAUUACAUCAUCUAAAGCAACUGGUGAGUUUGGCAGGGUCGCAGUUGCUUAUCAGGGCCUGUUUAUUGCUUACAUGAAAAGACCUGGCCUUCCCCUACAAGAUGUAGAAACCCGACAACUUGGAGGCUUUAUGCUCCCUUUGAGAGCAGUGGAGACAGUUAUGCUUUCUAAAGACAUAAUGGGAUUUUGGGAGAUGGCCAGGGUAUUAUCAUUUGGGUUCGGUGCCAGAAAGCUUUCCUGCUAUGACUAGGAAAGGAAUUCAAGGAAAGGAAACACAAAGCGUGAUGUUGUCACAGGAGCGAGCCUCUGAACAACUACUGAGUUUUAAACUGGAAUUUAUAGUCUCGUUGAGACCAAAUCUUGCCCUUCGUACUCAGACAGGUCUCCCACUGCAGCCAAUUAGCUCUGAGUUUUGCCUAGGAAAAAUUUUGGAUUGCAGUUAUCCAACCCAAUUAUCAGACCCGUUGUUUUAAAUCAAUGUGCAACUAGGGUUUUAAAGGAGGAGUAAAAGGCAGAUAAAUAUAUAGAAACAUAAAAUGUCGAGGCAAAUUUUGGGUGAGGACAGAAGAAUAUGGAAGAAAAUACGUGCUGAAGGUGAAGAUUAAGUCUAAGCACAGUCAACCACCAAAUAACUGUAUGGCAUUGCAGCGAGGGGUACGGGAGAUGGCAAACUCAUGGAAUGCUGUUCCAGGGGGCCACUGCUAUGGCCAACCAGACUGGUAGGACCUAAAAAUUCUGAGCAUAAACCAUUAGGUGCUGGGGAUAAAUCCCCACAACAUGGAAAGAAGUGGGAGCAGACUGUCACAGUGGGUCUGGACACACAUCCUGUCUUAACAUCAGAUUUAUCACUCCUGAGGUUACAUGCAUUCCAUUUUCUACGUUUUACUGAUAGAAACUCAGAAACAAGAAGCUAAGGUCAUGGAGGAUACAGGUCAGGCUAAAGAAAUUAAGGUCAUGGUGCUUCAAGGUUUUCAGUCUAAUCAAUACCCUUAGCAUUUUUUUUAAUUGUUGUGAAAAGUCUCUCGAAAUGCAUGUGCAGAACACUUAUAGGUAACGUGCGUGAGCGCAGAUGGUGGGUUGUAAGGCAUUGUUUGGACCAUUUCACAAAAUGGGUCCUGGUUUAGUGCAUGGACACCUUGCAUCUGGUUUUGUUCUGUCGCUUUGACCAGGCCAGAAUCUUUAUGAUAGGAUUAUAUAAUGAAAAUGAAAUCCUAGUCCAUUCAAAUCAGCAGAAAUUUUUCUGUUCCAUUUAACUCCUCUGACUUCUGUUCAGGUACUCCUGUCCUUGCAUACUGUGCUGCCUCUCUCCUUGUUUAUUGCAUAGAUUUAUCGAUCUACUCUGGAUUUGGUUUACAGAUCUCCUUUGUGCCACAGAACUCAUUUUGUCAGUUUGUAUUACUCAAUAUAGUUCUCUUUUGUUCUAAAUGCCACUGGAUGUGUCCGGUCAGUUAUGCUGCACCCUAUAAAUAAAUAUUUUUUUAAAACGGGUACCUCUGUAAGGAUAGUCUCGUUUUCCCUGCCUUGUAGUGCCCUCCUCUCUGCUUUCUAUUCCCUCUUAGCUUUCUAAUAAGAUUCCUAAUUCAGGAACCAAGUUUUAACAGUACCUGGAGAAGGCUGGAUGACCCAUCCCCUUCCUAAGAGGUAACAGUGACUGCUGCAAAUGAACUUGUAUUUUUCCUGGACAAUUCAUGAAAGGAGAAGAAGCAAACUUAAUGGGUGCAUCAGCCAUCAUCUGUAUUAUUUCAGAUUUAUACUUUGACUAAAGUACUUGAAAGUGGCCCUGUGUCGCUGGAACUGCUCCCUCUAGAGUGCUGACACAUUUUUGUAUCUUUACUCCGUUGUUGUGUGUAUUAGGUCUGUUUAUGAAGUUCCAUGUACUUGAGGAAUGUUGGAAUAAUGCAAAUACGGCAAUAAUUCUUUUUUUCCCAGGAGCACUGAUGUUCACACAGUCUGAGGUGCUGUCACCCAGUUCGAUUCCUGUGGGAUUGCUACCUCAAUGUCGUAUCAUAAGUACAUGGGAAACAACUCAGAUGUGGCUCUAAAGCUGGCAAAAGCAGGGAAGCUCUGCUGAAAAUGAGGGAGCUGUGCUGAUUUGUAUCAGCUGAAAAGCUGUUCCAUAUUUCUUUCCAUUUCUGCCUCCCUCAUAGGGAAGAUCACGGAGGUUCUGACUUACCAUCUCUUCCCCUGGGCAAACAAACAUAAGGCAAGGUGUUUCAGCCCAAAUAAUGAACUGCAGCAGAAUACUUCAGUUUUAUCAUCUGAAUUCAUUUUUUUUAAACUUAUGAGUAAGAAUAA